AUGGAUCCAUCUAAGACCCUCAAUCAUCUUCACUUUUUUCUACCAACAUUUGUACUAUGUUAUUGCAUGAUCUUACAAUCUGUAUACACAUCCAAUUUAGACUAUAAGCAAUUAGUCUACAAUCACUGCGCAAACCAGACAUCAGAGGAUCAUACCACUGUAUCUCUGUCGUCCAUUCUGCCAGCUCUUUUUCAAGAACUUUUGGAGCAUUCCACAAAAUCCAAGUUCUUUGAAACCAAUGCCGGUAACGAUAAGGUGGCUGUAUCAGGCCUCUUUCAGUGCAGAGGUGAUUUGAGUAACAAAGAUUGUUACAGCUGCGUCAACAAACUUCCUGAAGUAUCAAACAAAUUGUGCAGUCAGAGUUUACCUGCCCGAGUUCAGCUAUCUGGUUGUAGUAUACACUAUCGGGCUGAUGGAGUUCAAACUUCGGGACUGCAGUUGCUCCAUAAGUCCUGCAGUGGCCAAACAGGGUCUAUUGGAUUCCCUGAGAGGAGGGAUGCUGCAUUUGCAGCUGUCCAAGAGUGUAUUAUGAGCGGUCAGGGAUUUUGUGAAGAGACCUGUGAAUCAAUACAUGUAAUGGCACAGUGCGAUGGGAAUCUAGGUGCGUGUGAUUGUGGUGAAUGUGUUAACACCGCAGUGGAGAUUGCUCAGGAAACGUGCGGGUACUCAGUUUCUGGAGAAAUUUAUCUGGACGGUUGUUUUGUUAGCUACAAAUAUCAAGGGAAUGAGUUUAAUGGUGACUGGAACGAAGGUUAA